AUGACUAGUAGGCAGAGUGAUGGUCGGUGCAUGCGAUGGUUGAUAAAUAUUCUUGUCAAAAUGGUUAGAACGGUCCUUGGUGAAGUUAGAAAACUAGUGGAAGAAUACAAGAAUGAAGAGAUAAGUAUAACCGUAGUGGGCCACAGCUUGGGAGCAGCCGUUGCAACCCUAAACGCAGUUGACAUAGCUGUUAAUGGAUUGAACAAGGGUUGUCCAGUAACAGCCUUCGUGUUUGCAAGUCCUCGAGUUGGGGAUUCAGGCUUCAAAGAGCUCUUCUCCGAGUUGAAGGAUCUUCGACUUCUGCGUAUCCGUAAUGCCUUGGAUAUUGUUCCGAAGUAUCCGUUGAUUGGUUACUCAAAGGUGGGGCAAGAACUAAAGAUUGAUACUACCAAGUCAAAAUACUUGAAGAAGCCAGGAAAUCUAGUGACUUGGCAUAACUUGGAGGCUUAUAUGCAUGGCAUUGCAGGUACAAAAGGAUCAAAAGGAGGGUUCAACUCAGAGAUUAAGCGUGAUUAUGCCCUGGUUAACAAAUCACUAGAUGCUUUGAAGGAUGAAUAUCAUGUGCCUAGUUCAUGGUGGCUAGUGAAAAACGAUGGAAUGGUUCAGCAAAGGGAUGGCUCUUGGAAGUUGAUGGACCAUGAGUCAGAUGAUUUUUGAAUAUUCUAAUAUAGUCCUGAAAAUAAUAAAUCUUUCCCCCAAGUUUAAUUCACGCUAAGUGUAUGUGUUGUAUUUUAUUUAUUUUUUACUAGGCCCUCUAAGGUGGAGAAUUCAAAUAAAAUGAAAGGAAAAUAGUUAAUAGAAACAGCCAUGUUCAAUUUGGCCUGAUAUGUAAAGUGUGUACGUGAGGUGUGAGAAAGUGAAGAAAAACAAUAAAAUAAGAGCAGAAAUUUUUUCUGCGUGCAAUAAGU